AUGGCCGCGGACCCAGCUGCGCAGCGGGCGUACUUGCAGGCUAAUGUGGAUGCAGACUUUGUGUUCCUUCUUGAGGAACACGGGGUCGAACUUGCACUUCAGUUUGCUAUCGGUCAACAUUACAAGAGCAUUCGCACUUUUGCUGCUUUCGCUGAUGAUCGUGGGGCAGCUCGUACUGCGAUUACAGCCGAUUUCGCUAUCAGGCCGGAGAGCGCGGCGGAUCGAGCUAGGAUGGCAUGCAUCAUCACUGCGUGGGAAGCUUCCAAGAUGAUUCGUGAGGAGGAGGCUAAGCUUCGUGCUGAGGCUAAGGUUUUGGGUGUUCAGAAGCCACUCGCCUCUUCGGAUCGCGCGGCCAUGCGGGUCGCCCUGGAAGCUGUUCGCGGCUACACCGUGCCGGAGUCCGAGGAGCCGGGCCGGCUUCGGGUCAUGCGACAGAAGCCAAAGGGUCGACUUCCGCAGAAUACGGAGGAGCUGCGGGCGAAGCUUCGCCUCGAGGGGCUGCAGCUGUCACACUUUGAUCGUUUCCUUGAGUUCCUGUUGGGUGACAAGUGCAAGGACGGCAAAGGGGAAAAGGGCGGCAAGGACGGCAAAGGUGGCAAGGACGGCAAAGGGGGCAAGUCCACUGGCAAGAUUCAGGUCGGGGAGUCCUGGUACGAUUUGGUGGCCAAGACCCCGGAUGGUCGCGAGCUGUGUUAUGCAUACAACAUCAAGCGGGGAUGUCAGGUCAAAGGCUGCCAGCGCGUUCACGCAUGUCGUGUGAAGGGCUGCCAAGGCAACCAUCCAGCAUAUCAGCACGGUCCCACUCGCAAAUCGGAUGUUCGUGGCUCCCUGGAGGCGCUUUGCAAGGCACAGAGUAUCACUUUGGUAAUGUCUGAAAUUGACAUCUGCCGCGAUCCCAAACUAGACCUUUUGGAUCCUGCCAUCGCGGAUCGAUGCUUGCAGGAGGUUAAGAACUCUGAGUGGGAUGUGGUUUUGGUGACCCCACCUUGUGGGACAUUUUCGCGGGCUCGGUGUGUGCAGCCGGGUCCUCGGCCACUGCGAUCACGUCUUUAUUCUCGGGGCUUUCCGUGGCUAUCUGAUUCUCACCGAGCUCUUGUUGAACAUGGCAAUCAGCUUGUCUCUUUUGCUUUUGAGGUCUGCACAAAUGCGCUUUCGAAUUCAGUACCUUUUCUACUUGAGCAUCCUGAAGAUUUGGGACUCACUACCAACGGUCAUGCUCCGGCUUCCAUAUGGCAGCUACCGGAGGCCGUUGCUCUCUUCAAGCAUGAGAAUGUCAUCACUUUCGCAGUAUACCAAUGCCAAUAUGGGGCGUUUUCGCCCAAGCCCACACGUUUUCUGUCUUCUAUUCCGGUUACUUCUCGAAUGCCCUUCACUGGGCCGCCUCGGUUUGACGCUUCAGAUCGAUACCUCGGCCCUUUACCGAAGUACUGUGGUCAUCGACAUCAGCAAAAACUGCUCGGGCCUGCCGCUACUUCCGCGGCCGCAGCUUACCCGGACGAUUUGUGCAGAACCAUUGCUGAAUGGUGUUUCUCCGUCUUCGAUGGGGGGGGAACACUGGCUGCAUCGGCUCCUACACAGCUGCUGGAACCAUGUUUUCAGUUUCCAGCGAAGGAAGUUGAGGCUGGCUCGGGAAAGCGAAAGCGGGGCCACUGCGAGACCACGACCGCAGGGGAUGCUGGUGACGAUGGGAAGGAGAUUGAGGACCUACCUUAUAGUGAGCUGAAGUCUGGCUGUGAGGGACCGCCCUUGGUGGGCGAGUUCGCAGGGGCGACUGACGAGUUUGUGGACGGCUUCGGUAGAUGCUCGCCGGGGCGUUGGAAACCUAUCUGCCGGGGGCGCCACAUGUCUCCUGCCGCCACUUCCUUCGCUCAACAGCUUAAGGAUCGUGUUCGAAAGUUUGUUCUUGAAAAUGUGCCUGAUCUGGCAAAAGCGACUUUUCGUCUGGCGACGGGGCAUUGGAAUGGUCCCUUGUUCGCUCCGGAGGCAAUGGACAAACUUCGCGAGGACUGGUUCUGCAUGCUGCCGGAUCCUGUACGAGCAAGGGAGCUGAUCCCUCAUCAGCCAUUCUACUUGAGGGCAAUGGCACAGACCCUAAAAAUCUUGGAGGAUCCCGACUACCGCAUCAUCGAGGAGGGCAAGUUCUGCUUCGUGAAUGGUGUGGAGGUCGGACACACUGCGCCAUUGGGGCCGGUCCCUCAAGUCUUCAGAGCUCGUCGAAAGGAUCAGAAAUACGAUGAGUCCGACUGGCAACCGCUGAUGGAUAAUUAUCGGGACGGCCCUGAGGUUGCAAAAUCGCUUGAGGAGGCAUUUGCAAAAGAAGAGGCAGAAGGCCGUAUGUUCCCACUUUCUCUUUCAGAGGCCUGGGCCCGCUAUCCGGGGGCGGCACUUCGUAUUGCAGCGCAGGCAGUGAUUCCGAAACCUGACCAAGACUUUCGUGUGGUCCAUGAUGGGACCCACGGGGUCCACGUCAACAAUGAGAUUGUUAUGCUGGACCGUCUUGAAUCGCCAGGGGCUAGGGAAGUGUCCGCGAUCCAAAAGCUGGGCAACGUGUCUGAUGAGAAAGUCCUCUUCGGGCUUGUGGGGGACGUGAAAAAGGCGCACAGGCGCUACUUGCACCAUCCCGACCAUUGGGGGGUGCUCUCCUGCAGAACUCGGAGCGAUUCCUCUGUGGUCUGGGUCAAUCGCACCGGGACUUUCGGAAUUGCUUCAGCGGCUUAUUGGUUUGCGCGGAUCAUCGGUCUUGUGGGCAGGCUUUCCCUCAGAGUUCUUCUUCAGGCAUUCCUCUUCAUGCUCAUUUAUGCUGAUGAUCUUCAUGUGCUCAGUGGGGGGCCCGAUCGCUGGCUCAAUCUUUGGAUGUCCCUUGCGCUUCUUUGCCUCCAGGGUACCCCCUUUUCAGAACGAAAAUGGCGUGGAGGAUUGCAGCUUGAUUGGGUCGGUUAUUGGAUUGAUUAUGGGCGCUUCAAGCUGGGAAUUUCUGAGAAGAGGUGCCAUUGGAUCAUCAGUGGCAUCGAAUCCAUGGAGGGAAAUGGCUGGCUUGUUGAUGUCCGACGAUUUCAUGAGCUUCACGGGAGACUCGGUUUCAUGUCCCAGGUUUUGAUCUGGAUUAGACCCUUCUUGGCUCCCGGUUACGCUUGGCUGGCUGCUGUACGGAAGGGAGCGGUUCUCGCGCUACCCAACCUUAUCCGUUGUGUCUUGAGGUUUAUCGCUGACCGCUUGAGGCACGGUGCUCGCACUUACGAGUCAGGCCGUCUUGAGAAGGACGUUGGGGAGCUUUUCCGCACGGAUGCAGCUUGUAAUGAUACUUCCGUGGUCCUGGGCGGAUGGUUUCUUCACAAAGGACCGGACCCAAAGAAGGCACCAUGGUUUCAGAUCAUCUUGGGCAGGGAUGAAGUUCCUUGGCUUUUCAAGAAGGAUUCGGGCAGCUCGUGGGCGAGCACUUCCGCUGAGGUUCUCGCAUCGUUGGCAGCGCUCCACUUGUUGAGACGCCAUUUCAAGGAUCUUUGGUCAGUCCCUGGACACUUCCGUGCUAGCUUCUGUGGCGGGACUGAUAAUAAAUCUGCCGAGGCGCUGUCUUGCAAGCUGCUCACGACUCGAGUGCCACUCAUGUUUGUGGUGAUGGAGUUCGUCACCUUUUGUGACGCUCUGGGUUUCAGAUGCAAUCUCAGCUGGAGGCCCAGGGACUCCAAUCAGGAGGCGGACCGCAUCACCAAACAUGUUUUCGAGGACUUCGAUGAAAACUUGAGACUGCCCUUCAGCUGGUCAGAUAUGACCUUAUCAGUUCUGCCGUCUCUCUUGAGAUUCGCGAGCUUUCAGUCUGAACUUGAUUCCAUCAAGGCCUCGAUUGCGGAUGAUGGAACAACCUCAGCUCCUCGAAUAAGAUUCGAGAAAAGUCAGUGGGGAUGA